ACAUAUUAAACAAGGAGUGGCAAGGUCUAGGUUUUAAGGCAGGAUUAGACGCCAGUACAUACCGUACCAUGCUGUACUUACAACGACAAGGAAGAGUUUUAUCCCAUGUCACAACAGUAGUAAUAAUUUUAUAAUUUGUCAUCAUUUAUUAUUAUUAUAAAAAUGGUGUGGUUUUCACAGGGUCCUAAGGAAUUGCUUGACUGCACCAUUCUAUUUAGUUAGUUGUAACAAUUUUUUUUCCAGUUUCCAAAAGGGUCUAUCCUUGAACCUUUGCCAUCUACACUAAGUCAAGAAUAUUUCGGGAACCAAUCUUAACUUUGACUUAUGAGAAACAGUCUCAUAUUUUUACCUCAGACAGGUUAGACAACUGUAAUGUCCUCUUUGCUCGAUUACCCAUCCCAAACAAACAAUAGAAAGGCUCCAUCUCAUUCAAAACACCACAACAAGAGUCCCUAGCCAUACAUACAAGGCUGAACAUGUUACACCAGUACUUAAAAAAACUUCCCUAAAUCUCAAUACAUUACAGAAUCUAUUUUGAAAUUCUCUAAAUAAGUCUAUAAAGCACAUAAUGGUUUCUGGCCUUCUCAGACAAAAAUCUAAUCAGACCUCUCAUGUCAUUAAAAAGCAUGGGUUUCAAGAACUCUACCAAGGUUAAGAUCAAGUUCUGCUGAUGUGUUGUGUCUGUUUUGAGUUUGUUGGUUAGAUGACAGGUUCAUUAAUGUCUUUUGGUGAAUGGACGGUCUUUCUUGUAGUUUGUUUCUUUCAUUUUUUUUUUUUUAAGAAUUGCAUUAACUUGUUGCGUGUGGUAUAUAAUAACAUGUCUCAUAUUCUCCAUCAAUGGCAGUUAGCAUCCUACACCACAGGCCAGACAACAUCUUAUAUAAACUAACAUCAUAACUUAUCUAACAUUAUUCCAAGAAAUUGUGUUCAAGUGUCUCUCUCCAAAAGCACAUUAUCUACAGCAAUUAUAUGAUGAGGUAAGUUUUCUUAAUGUUUAGAUUAAGAUUGUAAAAAAAAAUCCCUGCUGGGAGAGCGAGAUUUUUAAAAAAGGAUGGUAAAAGGUCAUCAACCACAUGAUGCUGUGAAGACAGAGACUAUGACAGAAGAGAGCAUGCAAAGAAACAAACUGGCCAACUAAAUGGUGUAUGUCAACAGAGCCAGUCACUAAUAGUCAACAGUGACACACACCAAACACAACAAUAACACAUCAAAAGCCAGUUCUGCUUAAGAGAAGAAUCAAUAGUCCAGGAGGAGAGAACAAUGCUUAGAUCAGUAAAGCACUGACAUUUGCCCCACACCAACUACAAACAUGGCACUGUGUCAGUCUAAUUAGACAGUAUACAUAAUGACAGACAAACACUUCUUACCUUUUUAUUAGAAGGCUUUUUGAACUUACAACACUGUACCAAAGACUGUGUGACAAAACCCAAAAACUUGGAACUUAAACUUUCCAUUAUAUACUUUUGUUUUAGAUUUGACUCUAAUACAGGAAUUCUGUGUGAUAAAUGAUUUGUUAUGUACACAGAAAAUGGGGCUACAGCUUAAUAUUUAGGAACUGUUGCUCACAUUAACUAAAUUUUUGCCAAAUUUCAGGAUUUUGCAAUGCGGUACUGGCAGGACCAGGGUGUACCUGCUAAAAACCUUUACCCUGUCCACUCAAUCAAGUGAGAUUGGAGCACCGAUCAGUGGUGCUGGUACUGCAGGACAUUACACCAUGGAGGCAGGCUUCUGGUCCUAUUAUGAGGUUUGUCUUUACCUCAAAGGAAAAACAGCCCAGUGGAUUGAAGACCAGAAAGUUCCAUAUGACACCACAGGAAAUCAGUGGGUUGGAUUUGACAAUAAAGACAGCAUUAAUGCUAAGGUCAACUACCUAACAGCAAACAACUUUGGAGGAGUCUCUGUCUGGUCUAUGGACCUAGAUGAUUUUAAUGGGAAGUUCUAUGAACAGGGAAAAUAUCCCCUUAUCAGCCAUCUGCAUAGUCUUCUGAUGUCAGGAGCUCCUGCCACGACCACUGCUGAGAAACCUGGAAAUACAGCUGUUCAAACUACUCCAAAUCCAGAGACUCCCCCUGUUGACUCCACAGACCAGCCUGGCUCUACAACUUCAGCCAUUACCACUACCACUACUACCACCACCACUACUACAACGACCUCUGCUGGGAAACCCGAUACACAGUUCUGCAUAGGAAAGACCAGUGGACUUUAUCCUAACCCUAAUGACCCAAACUCUUUUUACAGUUGUUUCAAUAACAUUACCUAUGUCCAAAAAUGUCCCUCUGGUUUAGUCUACCAAGAUAGCUGUAAAUGCUGUAACUGGCCCUUAGUGAGUGUGCAUCAUUAAUAUUAGUAUCCAGUGGUAUUAAAGGGUGCAUUAUACAAAGUGGUGUACCUUUUCAUCCUAUGUAUCACUAUUUUAAAAAAACUGCUUUCCUUUAUCUUAAUGUCAAAUUCUUGUUAUGUAAUGAAGUCUUGUUGAAUGCCUCCUAUAUAGAUAAUAGAAUAAUG